AUGCGCUGUUUUUUCCCAACUUUUUGUCGCUUUUCGAUGAAGUCGUUGAAGCCCUAUCUACUUCAGGCUUUGAAUUCUGCAAUCGCAUUCGGGCAUCCACUAUACCGUUUUUAUGCAACUACCAGGAGCCGUGAGUUUCUUUGGCAAGAAGGACACACUGCCUUUGCAUCAAAGGAGGAGGCAGACACUGAGGGUUUACUUAAUCGGGCAAAGUAUCAGAAAAAUGUUGAAUCAUACCACAACCGAAGUGGCGCCAUGAAACCCAACCUUGUUCCCAAUUGCAUUCGAUCAGAAAACUAUAUGAUCACUUUUGAAGUUGAAGAAGAAAAGUUUCCUUUUUUUUGGGAAAAAGUACCAGAUGAAAAUUGCAAAUGA